CCGUGACAUAGCGCCCGCUCGAAGCGAUCGGUCGCAUCGCCAACAACCGUUUUCCAGACCUUUGAUUUCGAAGAACCGUGUCCACCCGUGCAGAACCCUUUGACGGCGUCAGAAAAAAUCCAGCGCAGCGGCGUCGUACGAAAAUAUGUUUUGCGCCAUCAGCGGCGUUGCCCCUGAGUUGCCCGUGGUCUCGGUCAAGUCUGGGCAUCUCUUCGAAAAGUCCCUCAUCGCAAAAGCGAUCCAGGAGACGGGAAAAUGUCCGAUCACGAAAAUCGCCCUCACACUUGACGACAUUAUCCCCAUCACGGGUAAUCCUGCGGUGAAUUCGCGAGUGUUCGCGAACGCUUCUAUUCCAGGCAUGCUUGCGACUUUUCACAACGAGUGGGAUGCUCUGAUGCUUGAAACGCACCAACUCAAGAAAGAUUUGCACUCUGUUCGGCAAGAGCUGAGCGUUUCCUUGUAUCAGCACGAUGCCGCAUGCAGGGUUAUUGCUCGGUUGGUAAAAGAGCGCGACGAAGCACGAGCAGCCCUCGUGAAUGUGCAGGCUUCUGGCAGAUCUGCCAGCACAAUGGGGAAGCGAACCUCUACUGCAGCAGACGAUGACGUUGCCUUUGACCCAGUUUCUGGCAGCACAAAACGAUCAAAGAGUGGGAUACCUACCGACGUCAUCGAUGUGUUGCAGUCGAAAUCUGCGGAAUUGAGCAAGAUGCGAAAGAAACGCGAAACUGCACCCUCUUUGUCAUCACCUGAAGCAAUAAAACUUUACGAUCUAAAAUUGGCUUCGCCUUGUCACAAGACGUCAACUCACGGGAUAUACUCCCUCGCUCUCAACCCUGGAACACCGGCGAUCGUAGCCACCGCUGGAGCUGAUGGAACUCUUGCGUUAUUCGAUGCCAGUGUUGGUAAGCGCAGUACCCUGCUUACGGGACAUGGCAAGAGAAUAAACUCCGUCGCUUGGGCUGGCUCGAACCUGCUCGUUUCUGGUUCGAACGAUAAGCUUGUUAAGGUCUGGCGACAAGAAAGCAGCGGUACAUACAAGUGCACGUCAACGAUCAAAGAUGUGCACAAUAAUGACGUAGUAGCUGUGUCGACGCACCCAACGAAUACAUAUGCAUGCUCUGUUGGUGCCGACGGCCUAUGGGCACUUUACGAUAUUGUCGCAGCGGAGUGCUUAUCGUCAGUAAAAGACGACAGUGACAGCAGGUAUUUGUGCGGAGGAUUUCAUCCUGACGGUCUCAUCUUCGCCACCGGCGGUGACGACUCCUUUGUAAAGUUGUGGGACAUGAAGACCCAGAAGAGUGUCGCGAGGUUGACAGGGCAUACAGGGGCGGUCGCCGCUCAUUCCUUUUCCGAGAACGGAUACUACGUGGCUACGGCGGCAGCUGAUGGUGUAAAACUGUGGGAUUUACGCAAGCUGAAAAAUUUCAUGUCUAUCAACGCUGUAAGCAACGCCACGUCCGUAGUGUUUGACAGCUCAGGGCGCUACCUUGCAGUUGGGGGCAUCGAAGCAACCGUUUAUGAUGUCAAGAAAGACUGGGAGGUUGUGAAGGUAUGGGAGGUAAAAAAGGGACCGGUCACGGCUCUAUCGUUCGCCCCAGAUGCCACUGCACUUUAUCUUGGUGCUGGUGAUCACAACCUCCGCGUGUACGCGUAAGGUCCAAAUUGGCGAUUGACACAAAAUGCACACAAGAUGCAACUUGCCUUGGGCACACGUGCUUUUUAGAUAAUGAAAAUCCUUGUUACAGUUUGUGUAUCGCUGACUUC